GCGCCCAGGCCGGCCCGCGGCCAGCGCGCAGGGCGCCGGCAGCACCCGGCCCGCCGCGCCGCGCCCUCCCCGCCCCCAACUCGCUCCCCAACGGAAAGUUCGGCUCCGGCUGCGCGAGGCACAGAGCCGGGGAAUGAGAAGGGGUCGGGGGGCGUGCUGAGGGGACCGGGCGGCGGCGGCGGCCAGGCGGGGGCAACUUCUCCCGGGAAAGCGCCUCCUGCCGACCCCGCGAGCCGCAGCCCCCGAGUGGGCUCGAGGUGGUUUUUCCCUUGCCUCUGCCUCCCCCUGCGGAUUCAAGACGCGGACCUUGGUCCUGGCGCUCCCGCUGCCGGGUGACAAGAGCCAGCGCCGCCGCCGCCGCCGCCGCCGCCGCCUCGGCCGCCGCUCCCUCCGCCCGCCGGCCGCCCCCCGGCCGCAGCCCCUGCCUCCUGCCUCCUGCCAGCACCAUGGAGUUCUCCGAGAGGAAGAGGAGCAGGAAAUCCCAGAGCUUCAAACUGGUGAGCCGAGAUUAUCACCAUGAGGUAUAUAAGAUCUCAGAAUUCAGCAACGAUGUUAAUGGGGAGGCCAAAGAGACACAACCCAUUUAUUUAGGAAACGAAAGCAUGGAAAUUAAAAAACAAAUUACAGGAAUGAGAAGAUUACUGAAUGACAGCACUGGGAGGAUCUAUCAGCGUGUCGGCAAGGAAGGAGAAAAAUUAAAAGAAGAACCCCAGGAUUUGGAUUCAGUCUGGCCUCCGCGCUUGAACUCCACUGCUGAGGCCCCCCAGAGCCUCCACCCUUCUUCACGUGGUGCGUGGAAUGAGUUACCACCCUCCAGCGGGCAGUUCUCAGGGCAGUAUGGCACCCGCUCUAGAACCUUCCAGAGUCAGCCCCACACCACUGGGAGCUCCAACGGAGAACUUCCAGCAGUGAAUUCGUCAGGUGGAUCAAACUGCUGCACUUGUAACUGCCAGUCCACGUUGCAGGCCAUCCUCCAAGAACUCAGGACCAUGCGGAAAUUAAUGCAAAUUCAAGCAGCUGGAGCCCAAAACAGACAACAACCCCCCAUUUCCCUCAUGUGCUCCCAGCGAACCGCUGCCUCGCGCAAGAGAAAUAAAAAGAAAAAAGUGCCCCCGAAGACUGUCGAGCCUCUGCCCGUGAAACAGAAGGCCGGCGUGUUGGGAACCGAGAAGCCAUCCGUGGCCUCUGAGCAGUCUGGUCCCCCGGCGGCCGAGCACCCGUCCCCCGGGGACAGCCGCGUCCUCGGAUUCGGCAUUGUCCUGGAAUCGCCGGCCUCAGAUCCAGAAGUGCAACUUGCUGAAGGCUUUGAUGUGUUCAUGCCUAAAUCACAGCUGGACUCUAUAUUGUCAAACUACACUCGCUCAGGAAGCCUUCUGUUUAGAAAGCUGGUGUGUGCAUUUUUCGACGACAAGACUUUGGCUAACUCCUUACCCAACGGGAAGAGGAAAAGAGGACUCAACGACAACCGGAAAGGACUAGACCAAAAUAUUGUGGGUGCAAUAAAAGUCUUCACAGAAAAAUACUGUACCGCUAAUCAUGUGGAUAAACUUCCUGGCCCGAGAGACUGGGUACAGAUUCUACAGGAUCAAAUUAAACUGGCCAGAAGAAGGUUAAAAAGAGGCUCAGCAGAGGCAGCGGACGGUGAUGAGAGACUGGACGGCAUCUCUCUACCGCCAACAGGUAAAACACAUUUCCAUUUCCAACACCCGCUGGAAAAUACAGCCCCUGAAAACACUGGCAUUGAAAAUGUGCGUAACGUCAGAGGUGCAGAGGCUUGAGCAGACUGCUCCUGGCCCCGGCCCUGGGAAUCAGAGCUUCUCAGUGCCUUGUGCUCAGAGAUAUUUUUACAUUGAGUACAAAAACUCCUUUUGCCUCACGCCCUGUCUCCUAGUCUCAAAAACCUCAGAACAGCAAGCCCUAAGACCUUGGUGUCACAACAUGUGCCUCCCCAAACCUGCCGCCGUUGAAAGUACUUUAACAGGAAAUGAUAUUUCUUUUUAGAACAAGGAUCACCAGUUCUGUGGUGAAAUUCGUGUCCGUUCUGUCCCCGUCCAAUGCCCCCACCCCAAAAGGGUUUUGAGAGGCAGUCAGUCAUUACUCUCCUUAUAACGGGCACCUGACGAAUACGGGUGUUUUAAGCGAGUGACUGAAGCAGCCAGUCCGUCUAGCGCGGGUGCACAUUCCUAGAACCCGAACCAGAUCAGCCAUAGAACAUGGUAAGCCAUAGACAUAAUUCCAGGUUCGUAUCCUUUGUGACCCUGGCCUCCUGCCUCUGCGUUGGUUCCUCCCCGAGAGCCCAAGAGACGGGAUCUGAUCAGUUUGCCAGAUGAUAAUUUGUUCCCUCAGUAGUUGUGGGGGCUCUUUAUUGACUGCCCUCACGAGACUACCUGGAGAUUCUCUGCCCACCAAACCCAGACACCCCCAAAAAACCCUCUAAGUGAAAAUGCUCAAUUCCAGAUUUGGGGUGGCAAGUUUUAAAUAAAAUCCGGCAAAUCUCAGUACAGUAGCCAGUCUGUGUAGGAACUCGGCUAGGUCACCUGUUCCUUGAUGGCACUUGUCCCGGGAUGGCAAGGAAAGCAGAGCUCGCAGGUAGGACAGACACGGGUGAGCGAGCCUCAGAACGAUGAGAAAGCUCAACCGUGCGAACGAUGCAGAACCUUCUCGGUCACCGCGUAGCUAAGCAACAGAUCGAUGGACAAACAAAUGAAAUGAGCCUCCUGGUGCAAAAAGGACCUGCUUAUAUCAAGUUCUUCCCAUAUACGGCCAUCUCCUUGUUGGGCUCUGUUUCCACAUUUAUGAAUUAAGAUAAUUGAAAUGCAUGAUCUCUAUUAUUCCUUCCCAUCAUGUCCUCGUCUGUCAGGACAACUCGGGUUAGCCUUGUUCUUAUCACACCUGGCCCCCUCCCGGCAGAUGCAGGAAAUAUUACUAUCCGUAAGGAAAUUGUGCAUUUCGGGAGGCAGACUUCCUCCCCCCGGCUGCCCCAGCCCCGCUGGCCCCGGGGCAUUUGGGCCGCCCGUCCUCACUGUCUUCUGACACCCUGGACUUUUGCUGUUAUUGAAAGUACUACUAUAAUCACUUGAAAACCAUUCCCCUUGAAAUAAUACCUUUGCAUUUUCCUGUCCGAAGAUGGAGGCAGAGAGAUGUUUCAGAUGAGGAAAUUGAACACGGGAUGGUAGAACCACCUCAUGGAACUGAAAAGAAUGUCAAGGAAUCUGAGAAAGAAGGAACGUUAGAGAUCAUCUAGUCCCAUCCCUUCUUUUUAGCCAGUCCUUUUAUUUUACAGGUAAAAAAGCCUGAGGCCCAGAAACACUAAAUGACUGUCUCAAGGUCUCACAGCUGGUUGGUGGCUGGGCCGGAGCCCAGGCCUCUCGACUUCCAGCCAUUACACCGCAUAGCUUUCUCAUACCUAAGCCAAAGCCAGCUUUUCUCCGCAUGUUUCUUAAAGAUCCUAAGAGCUGAUGGAUGUACUAAUCCCUUUAGGAUUCCAUUCCAGUGUCUGUCUCCACCGUUAGAAUGUCCGUCGUUAAGUCUGCCCGAAAUCCUCCUGCAGUUUAAACUCAAUGAAUGACCGGAGUCAGUGAUGAGACUAGCGUGUCUUGAUGGGCCCUGAAGUAAAACCCCGGGUCUGGGCAGCGUCUUUGAACACAGCGCCACUUCGGACCCUUCCCUCGCGUGUGCCCUAACGAGGCUGCCCCAGAGGUGAAGUCCACCCUUCUUGCACGUGCGAGACUCCCCGGCCAGACUUUCCUGAUCUGCUCGAUCUGAGCUGGCAGCGGUCGGUCCUGUUUCUAAAGAUCUAACAACGCCUUUAUUACCUUUUAAGGUCUUUUUCCUCUUCCCAAACCCACGUGUGUUGGGGAGGGGCGGGGAGAGGGGCGUAAAUCCUUAAGCGUUUGCAAGAACCGGGAUUGAGCAGGUCAGGGGGGGACAGUCAGGCAGUCCAGGGACAUUCGCGUCCAUCCAUUACAGGCAAGCAGCCUUCCGUCUGUCUAGCUUCCACAAGAGCGCCUACGGCUUUUGCAGCGGAAAAACGUAGUUUCUUCGUUUCUUUGCCCUCACGCCCCUGCCGGUAAGUGCGUGUGAGCAGCUCGCAGGAACCCGCACUGUUGGGUCCUGGGCACAAACGCCUGCCCUCAGGGAGCCCCCCUCCCCGGGCGGCAGGCCGGGUGUUGGAGGGCACUCUGGCAACCGCGAGAAAGCGCCCGGGACGGGCGAACACUUUGUGUUGGG